AUGGACGGUUUCGCAUUGGAAGCGUACCUUGUUCCAAAAUGCGGCUUCCAGCCCAUCGUCCCCGGUGGGACGAUUCCGAAGGCCCCCAACGAAGCGGGCAGCCUCUUUACUGAGGUAAAAAAGAAUGCCAAGUAUCCCGGCCCAGAUCACUACAAGAAGGAAGGGAAGCCAUUCGGGCAAAAGGCUCCCCUGGGCAUGUUCAGCCGGAUCAACCGUGAUGACAAGGAUGGGAAGAAGCACUGGCCCGCCGUUGGUCAGUACCAGAGUGUCAGCGAAGUAGUGACACCCCGCACGCGCGGCGGCAUCAUGGCCAAAUGCCUGUGGAAAUCCAGUGCGUGUUGUUGUUCGCAGCAUUUUAUUUUGGCCAUGACUUCCUCCGUUGGAACUCAGCUCGAGUGCCACGACCAGGCUUUGCUUCAGUGCAUUUUGGACGAGCUCAAGCUCAAGGGGUCUUGCUCCACCUCGAGGUUCUCAGCAUCGGUGCCCAGGUCUCAGUUCCUGAGUCCAGGCAAAUGUCCCAUGGAGGAGGAGACUCGGUCGCCCUCUGCAGCCUCGGCCACCCCGUCGCCACGUUCUCUUCGCUCGACGUCUCCCCCUGCGAGUUGCAGAUCCAGCCCACAUCCGAUGCCUGCAGCGCAGCCUCCGGUGGCACUGACUCUGUCGGAGCUGCUGCCGCCCAGCGCCUGCCCUUCGCCUUCGCAGUCUGCGCCUGCCGCGGAGACCAGUGCCGUGUGGCGCGUGAUGAACCCGAAUGCGAAGUUCAAGGCCAGCUGCGGCUUCCCACUCGUAUCGCCUCAGCUUAGCACACCGCUGCUGGACGACUUUCGAGUGAUUUUUGCCCCGGGAUCAGCCUGGGCAAUGGCACAGAACAAGGGAGGCAAGAAGAAGGAGCUGGCGUCCAACAAGGUGGCGCCACUGUAUGGGUCACUACAGAUCAAAUUCCUCUCUGAUGAUGCAAUCAUCCGGGAUCUACAGCUGUUCUUCACCAUUGGCAACAUGCGCCUUGGCCCAUUCCGCACCAGCCCAGAGCGCAGCACGUCCGAGCUUUGUGAGCUUCCGGUAGACUGGCGAAGGCUGGUGGACAAGGCAGACACAUCCUUUGCUGUCACGGUUGAAAUGACCGCCUAA